AUUCGCAGGGUAUGACAAGCAAACAGUCAUUCUGCACGUGAACGCGAUCGCGUGCGGUGGUUAACACUUUGUUCAAGUCGACAAAAUAUAUGCAUUUGUUUGAACAUAUAAUAUAUAACUAAUUAGUGAACACAAUAUAAAUACAUUACAAAAAAAGCAAGGGUGCGUUAGUGACAAUAAAUAGCAACAAUGAUUAUGCGUAUAGUGAUAACGACCACAGCGGUGUGUCUUGCGAUUUCGAGUUUAGCUACAGCAACAGCGGAACAAGAUAACCUACAACAAUCAGCCGAGAUAUCGGAAACAAAUGUACAGCAGCAAAACGUUGACCCAAACGGAGCAGGGAUUAACGUCAAUGUGACUGCUAUUGCCGCCAGGCUCAUCAACGAUUACGUAACACCCACAAUAUGCUCGGUCUCGUCAGAAUUUUGUGCCAAGCACCAACUACAGAGCAGAGGAAUCCAAAGCUAUUUGGCUACGGCUGGUACAUUGCUGGCUGGAGUAUUGGGCGUCAUUAUGACUAAAAUUUCAUUGCUGAUUGCGUUAUCACUACUCUCCACAGUCAUAGGAAAAAUGCUAUUAUUCUACGCUUUUUUCAAGGCUGGUCCCCCCCAUCACCACUUCAAGUCAGCCCACCAUAACGCACAACCGUUCGUCAAGUAUACCAAGGACAAGUACUACAUCAAGAAUACGCCAGCAGUUCAUAGUCACGAUGUGAUCGUUGACUCGCCCCCUGAGCACUCCUCCCCUUAUCAUGCUUAUUCGCCGUCCAUCUUGGACUCUUCAGUCCAUGAUCAUAAGUUAAAAGGGGUGUCUUACUACAAACGAUAACACAUCACCACCACGAUCCAUCUCCGGUCAAUUUUAUAGCCAUCAAAUCGACUUCAUAGGCACCAUUUAUAUUAAACUCCUAUACCAUUUUUACUAUACCUAUAUAAUAUACAUAUUAUAUACACAUAAAUUUGCGGUAAUACACUGGAUUUCAUCUCAUAAAGCGUUCAAAUAUGAGAACGAGAGCAUAACAAUGUUAUAUUCUUUAUUUAUCCCUUUAAAUUCUUAAUAAUCAGCGUGCUUGUCAUCGAUCAUCAGAUCUAAGACUUGUACAGCAUACCUAUGCAUAUCAAUGAAACGCCUGCGAUCUUCACAAGUUUUCUUCAUUUAUUUUAACGCAAAAUACUGUAUAUAUAUUAUAUAUUACUAUAUUUAUAUUAUUUUAAUAUAAAUCGCCGUUAAGACAAUGACAUUGUUCUUUGUUUUAGAGACUUGUCAAUAAAUUAUUAGCCAAUAUUAUUAUUAUUAUUUAUUGUUAAACAUUUAUUUAUUUAAUUAUAUGAUUUCUAUUGAUUUGUAAAAAUAACAUUUAUCUUAAUGAAAUUGUAUUCAUGUUUUUUUACAAAACUAGUCUCAUAAUAUACAAUCAUAUUACCUA